GGGGCUAGAGGGGCCGGAACCGUCGUAGGGGGCGGAGCCUGGUCGGAAACACGGAGCGCAAGCGCACGGCGGGACACCGAGGCCUGUAUGGCGCCGGCUCAGCAGUCUCGGGUUCUGCGGUGCUGCAGCUGCCACCUCUUUCAGGCGCAUCAGGUGAAAAAGAGUCCCAAAUGGACAUGCAAGGCUUGUGGAGAGAAGCAGUCCUUUGUACGGGCUUAUGGUGAAGGCUCUGGGGCUGAUUGUAGACGCCAUGUCCAGAAGCUGAACCUGCUGCAGGGACAAGUAUCGGAGCUGUCCUGCAGGUCCGGGGACAAAACUGCAAAUGCCAGCGAAGAGGAAAAUGCAGGCCCUGAGCAGGCUGAGAAUGGGGGUCAGCAGGCACUGUCCGAGCCCCUGGAGUCCCGCUGGCUGAAGUAUCUAGAGAAGGGCUGUGAGGACCAGGAGCUGGAGAGAGAAAAAGCAGCUCUUAAGACACAGCCCUCAGCCAGGGCCAAGUGGCCAAGUCUGCCCUGCAGUACAGUGCAACCCAGGAAGAGGAAAUGGAAUCAGCAGAUAGGGCAGCCUGCACCCAGCCUGCGUGACCAGGACGUGGACAGUGUGGAGGACAGCUUUCAAAGCCAGAACUCUCCUGGCCUGUUUAGGAUGGAGCAGCAAGGCAGCACCGCUGCCCUCAGUACUGCGAACCAUGUCAGGGAGCUUGGUUUUCCCAGGUGGAAACUACCAAGUUCUGUCCUGCAGGUUAACACCCCAUCUUCUAGAUGGGCACGGUUUCUCUUGUCACCCGGGAGUAGCACACAUGUGGAUGGGAAACCAUCAAGUUCUAUGCAGGAGAGCUCCAGGCUAGCUGACCCAGCACGAGCUGAGCAAGAGACUGCCGAGACCAACACUCCAGGGGAAGGUCACUUCAGCAGGGCCCCUGCCACUGUCCAGCUUCCUCAAACUACUCACACUACCACAUCUGGCCCAGACAGGCCUGGCGGGAAGACCCCAGAGCAGCCAUGGGCUAUGGAGACUCUUCAAGCAGAUGGAAGGCCCUUGACUCAAGGAGCACAGAAAGCCCCACCCCCACCCAGGCAACUGAACAACCUCUUUACAACUGGAGAGGACUUUGAGGAUGACCUGUAGCCUUCACUUUGAUCCCUGUUAUGUGGUCCUAUGCCAGUCCCCCAUGCCACAGAUGGGGGUGCUCUGGAACAAAUAACCCAACAAUAAACAUGCCUGUCAAACAAA